UCGGGAUCCCAUCAGAUGGGGGGGGGGGGGGGGGGGCUGUGUGAGAAGACAUGUCUAUGUGCAUGCGUGAGCGAGAGAGAGCUGGAGCGAGGGAAAGAGCAUGUGUGCACACAUAAAGGAAAGGGGCAGAGUGUGAGUGCGAGCGCAGAUGAUGCUGCUCGUGGAAGGAGAUGGUGCUGGUUUUGGCGUUCCUUCCUGUGCUACAAGAUUUCCCCCACUAAGGUUUGACCUCUGCGUCCUGUCUGUUUGGCACCUCACCUUCUCGGGUAAGAGCUGUUCAUUUUUUUGCUGCUGGAAUCCGAUCAGGCUGUAACCGUUCCUCAUUUUUUUGUGUUUUUGUGUGUGUCGUAUGUGCAGAGAGACACAGAACGACAAAGGGAAGGGAGGAGGGUGGAACAGGCAGAGGAUAUCAUGUGUGUGCUAUAAGUAAGGACAAGGAGAAGACAGAGUUGGAGAAGAGGGGAAAUAAGGCACAAGGCAGAAGCUGCAGACAUCGUCUCUUUUUUGGCUAGAACCGGCAACAAAGACAAAAGAGGUAAAGCCUCUGAAGCCGAGACUCAGACGUUCUGCCUCGUUAUUCCUCGGAUUCCAUGUGCCAGUGCGAUUGAGGGCGAAUAGGAUGUCUGUGUCUGGAAAAAAGGAGUUUGACGUGAAGCAGAUCCUCAGGCUCCGCUGGCGCUGGUUCAGCCACAGCACUCAAACCUCAGCUGGGAAUGGGGGCUAUAUCCAACAGGAAGGUUUCGACCACCGGGGAACACCGGUCCGGCUGAAGAGUCACUCUCGGGACAGAGGAGGACUUCGCAAGAGCAACAGCCCUGUGCACAGCAUUCUGGCUCAGAACCCUGGACCCACGCCUGUUUAUGUCAGGCCGGGCAAUCAAUCAUGGCACCAGCAAAACAUCAUCCAGCACCUCCAAGCUAGCGAGGAGCUUCCCAAGAGCAACUCACCUUGCAGUGCCAGGAAAGAGGAGGCGAAGAGCAGCCAUGAGGAUGUGAAGAGCAAUCCGGAGGAUCCCUCUGAAGAGGAAGCCACAGACAGGUUGGCUUUGAACAGUAUCUCUAGGAUGAGCUCCAACUGCUCAGAUGAGUUUUUCCAGGCCACAAACCAUGCGGAACAGACCUUUCGAAAGAUGGAGACCUAUCUUCAGCACAAGCAGCUGUGUGAUGUACUUUUGAUAGCUGGAGAUCACAAGAUCCCUGCACACAGACUUGUCCUGAGUGCAGUUUCAGACUACUUCGCUGCCAUGUUCACAAAUGAUGUGAGGGAGGCAAAACAAGAGGAAAUUAAAAUGGAGGGUGUUGAUCCUGAGGCGCUGAAAGCACUGGUUCAUUUUGCUUAUACUGGAGUCCUGGAGCUAAAAGAGGAGACAAUUGAAAGUCUUUUAGCUGCUGCUUGCCUCCUCCAGCUCUCACAAGUUAUUCAGGUCUGCUGCAACUUUCUGAUGAAACAACUGCACCCAUCCAACUGCCUGGGGAUCCGUUCGUUUGCUGAUGCACAGGGAUGCAUGGAUCUUUUGAAUGUCGCUCAUAUCUACACUAUGGAACACUUUCUAGAGGUCAUUCAGAAUCAGGAGUUCCUCCUGCUACCCACAAUGGAAAUUGUCAAGCUUUUGGCCAGUGAUGAAAUCAAUGUUCCAGAUGAAGAAACAAUUUUUCAAGCACUGAUGAUGUGGGUUCGCUAUGAUGUGCAGCCCCGGCAGCAGGAUCUAGGAGUGUUACUGGCAUAUAUUCGACUCCCCCUUUUACCGCCACAGCUUCUUGCUGAUCUGGAAAACAAUAAGAUGUUUUCAGAAGACCUGGAAUGCCAGAAGCUCCUAAUGGAAGCCAUGAAGUACCAUCUUUUACCAGAGCGCCGUCCCAUGCUACAGAGCCCAAGAACCAAACCACGGAAAUCCACUGUUGGAUCGCUCUACGCUGUUGGAGGGAUGGACGCCUCUAAAGGGUCUACAACAAUAGAGAAGUAUGACCUUCGCACAAACAAAUGGAUCCAGGUUGGCAUCAUGAAUGGGCGAAGACUUCAGUUCGGGGUGGCAGUGAUCGACAACAAACUCUAUGUGGUAGGAGGAAGGGAUGGGCUCAAGACCUCUAACAUGGUGGAGUGCUACAAUCCAAUCACUAAAGUGUGGUCCAACAUGCCUCCAAUGUCAACACACAGACACGGAUUAGGAAUUGCUGUGCUGGAGGGGCCCAUGUAUGCAGUGGGAGGCCAUGACGGAUGGAGCUAUUUGAACACAGUAGAAAGGUGGGACCCCCAGGCGAGGCAGUGGAAUUAUGUGGCCAGUAUGUCCACCCCGCGCAGCACUGUCGGAGUCACUGCUCUCAAUGGAAAGUUGUUUGCUGUCGGUGGUCGUGAUGGAAGCUCCUGUCUGCGAUCCAUGGAAUGUUUUGAUCCCCACACCAAUAAAUGGAGUAUGUGUGCACCGAUGUCAAAGAGGAGGGGAGGAGUGGGUGUGGCCACAUAUAACAGUUUCUUGUAUGCAGUCGGAGGACAUGAUGCACCAGCUUCAAGCCAUUGUUCUCGUCUGUCUGAUUGUGUGGAGAGGUAUGACCCCAAAACAGACACGUGGACCACAGUGUCCUCCCUGAGCGUCCCCCGGGAUGCAGUGGGGGUGUGUUUGCUGGGAGACAGGUUAUAUGCGGUCGGAGGCUAUGAUGGUCAGACCUACUUGAACAGUGUUGAGUCCUAUGAUGCACAGAACAAUGAAUGGACUGAGGAGGUUCUUCUAAACAUCGGGAGAGCUGGGGCAUGUGUGGUGGUCGUGAAACUGCCUUGAAGGCACAGAGUCCCUGGACUUUGACCUCAAAAAAGCGUGCAAUGUCAACUCUUGGAAUGCUCUUUUCACAUAGUACAGAAAGUUAAUCAAAGCUAUCGUCAAUACUGGAUUCAAAAACAUUCUGUUUUUGCUCAGAUAUUUCAGCACUAUUAGAAACUGGGGAAAAAAUGCUUAUAAGAUUUUACUUUACUGUAAUAAAAUUAUAUAAGAAAACUUCACAUUUUAUAUUGAGAAAAAAAAAAGAAUACUUUUGAAAAUGUAUCCAGGCUGAUUUUGUUUUUAGAUACAACUUUUCAUUUUAGUAUUUACAUCUUAUUUUCAUCCAACAUUUUUGACAUUCUUCUAUCUUUUAACUAUAUCAAAAUCAAAUGUAUUUCAAAGACAGCAACAUACUUGUGUAAUUUUGUGGAAAAUGUAUUUUGAUCUUAGAUACACAAUUUUAAAAACCACUGUGAAUACUUCCAGUUGUACUUGCAACAAAUUAUCCUGGUUUACCCAAAAUGUUUGUGGACACUCACUCAUGCAAUUCUCAUCUGAAGACACAUUUUGUCCGAGACUAGGUUCAGCACGAAGUUACUAUAGAAGCAAAAAAAAUAAAAAUAAA